AUGAUCAAUACACCACCAUCAGAAUCGCGCAACAACAAUUCCAGCUCAUCUAGCGGGCACGGCUUCUACGACAACUCGGCAUAUGCUUUCGACGAAUUGAGCAACAAUCCUGCGACACCACGCAAUUGGGACGACAUUGCUCGCCUCGAAGGUACCGCGAAUGCUGCUGCUGCACUUGCAGGCCUGGGGGGCUCGUAUGACAAGGACUCUGCCGACGGUGAUCAUUACUCGCACAUUGACAGCAGUGCCAAUCGGCCCAGAACCAGUGUCGAACAUCCGACUAGGCUACCAGGCAUCGAGCACAUUGGUGACAUUCGAAGUGAUCCGUUUUCGAACCAAGCCCGAAGACCGAUUUCAAGCAUUCUCAACCACUCGCCGCCGAACCGAAGCUCGACCCUGCCUCCAUCAAACGGGCCUCUCGGCCCUAACCGUGGACGAAAGUCGUCGGUCAGCAAGAAGUCACAUCGCAAGAAACUGUCGCGAGAAAUCGCCCAUGACUGGUUGCACAGAGUGCAGAACGAGGACAGGCCUCUUGGAUACGAUGGCCGCCCUUACUCUGCAGAACCCGCGGCCCUUGAUCCCUCGCGUAUGCGUGGGCAAUCGAGAAUCCACGAAUUGCUCGAGGCAGCGUCGAUGAGUGGUGAUUUAGAUGAUAGAACAUCGGUCCCAAGGUCACCAAUUUCGAAUGACAACCGCGGUUCGUUGCCUCCGCUGGCGGCCUACCCACAGCUCUCGUCCAACAACUACCAGGCAUCGCCACUGCAACAGGCCCUGACGCCGCCCUCCAACACACAUGAUGUUAUGCCCUUCCCCUCCGUCGAGGACAGCGACCCUUAUAUCGGUGGCUCAGCGCUGUCGGACUCUUCGCCGACCUUGGCGGCUCGCAAGCCAUGCUUGUAUUGCAGCGCCUGCCACAGCGCUGCCGACGUCAACAAAUCCUACGCCUGCACAGAAUGCAUCAGUGGCUUCUGCGGUGCUUGUGUCGAGGUGCUCACAAAGGAGCACGGAGAGCGAAGGCAAUGUCCCCGCUGCAACACCAUCGGCGGGAUGUUCAAGCCCAUUCAACUCGAGAUCAAGAUGCGUUAG